AGUUGAGAUAGCAUGAUACAUAUGCACAUUCGUUCAAUCAAUCAAUCAAUCGUCUAAUCUCUUUUUUGGCCGCUGCAAGUUGUAUCAUAUGCUUGGUUCAAUCUAACGAUUCUCCAUGAGGCUCAUGCCUUGAUUGCGCAAUCUGUGCUGAUCAAACCCUGCAUAUCUUUCAAUCGCCGACUCACCCGAAUCCACCUCCUUCUGAUAUCCCAUCCUUACCGACUCACCGCAGAUCAUCAUGACAGUCUCAACAACCGGAUCAGUCAAAUCAACCGGCAUAGCAAGUCUCGCUUGCGUCGUCUGCAGAAAGCAGCACCUCAAGUGCGAUGCGGGGAAACCCUCGUGUUCGCGUUGCAAAGAGACAGAGCAAGUAUGCUACUACGAACCAUCGCGACGUGGUGGACGUCGCAAGAAGCAUCGUUCGCCAGCCGAGGAACUGCAGCAGAGAAGUAGACAGCCCGCGAUGCAGACUUCUCAAGGCGACCAACAAUCUUCAUAUGUGGAUUGCGUAACUGUUAAUCCCAUCAGUUUACCGAUUACUCCGACAUCUUCUUCCCAGGAAUUACCGUCAUCUGGAAUAAGUCAGAGCACAGCUACCAGCAAUGACUUGGUUGGAAGUGUCGCCCGACACACCCGUCAAUCACCCCGAGGCGCAAAUGUGCAGACCCAACGACGGAUUAGCGACGACCAAAGCCCUGCUCAACAACCUCAACCUCAAAACGAUAAUGUCAUGUCAUAUCUAACGCAUCUUGACCCUAAUAUCAUUACACAAACCUUUGGUAGCAAUAGCUUGGGGAGUCUCAAUACUCCCGUACAGCCUUGUUCCGACGGCGAUCGCCUGCUUCGACUGUACUAUGAGAACUUUCACAAUGCUCAUCCCUUCCUCGUUCCAAGUUCGGUGUUCACAUCGCAGAACUAUCCCCCAUAUUUGCGUCGCAUGGUUGAAUUUGCAGGAUCUCACUACGCCUCUUCUGGGCCAGACGCACAGCUGCGCGCUGAAGUCGCGACUGAUAUGAUGUCCGCCAUCGAAACCUCGACUUACAUGGUUCAGUCGCUUCUGAUCUACUCUAUCCUUUUGUUCUUCAGUCGCGAUCUCGAUACCGCGAACAGGACAUUCGGCCAAUGUACGCAAAUGGCCAUGGAUUUGGGCAUGCAUCGCGAAGACUUUGCAUCGUCGAGACAGCUCGAUAAUCCGAUUGAGGCCGAGAGUCUGAGGAGAACUUGGUGGGAGAUUUAUGUCACUGACAUCUCCAUGGCUAUCCCUCCCAAAACAAUGAUCCUGCGAUGCAGCAGUACGCCGCCCAAGGUCCUCUUACCCUGUGAAGAAGCAUUCUACAAUGGCCGGUUAGACAUCCCCCCGUCACACCAUGUUCUUGAGUUCAAGAGGCGGGUGCUCUCAACCGGCGACGUUGCCUUCUCCUCAUUCAGCUAUCGCAUCGAAGCUGCGACGAUUCUAGGACGUGUCUUGCUGCUAAAUCAGUUGAAGAACAGUAGCCAUGACCAUACGCAGUCCAUCGAGAACGCCCUUCUUAGCUGGUCGAACCAUCUGCCUUCUGGAAAGUUGGAGAUCGUUGAUUCGUAUGGUAACAUCGAUGAGAUGAUGUUCCAGGCACAUAUGAUCAUCGCCUUGGCCAGCAUGCUAUUACAUCUUCCGCGAAGUAAUCUCUACCCACUACUAGCGGAUGUCAAGGACCCCUUCCUGCCUUUUGCGCAGAACCAUCCUCUUUCAUCAUCAACAAGUCUGAUCCAAGGCAUCAAAGCAACGGAUGCUUCGAGACGGAUCUCCGACUGCAUAUCACUCUGCCCCAAUGUACCAAAGCAUACACCAUUUGUCAUUCCAGCGCUCGCACUAUGCGGCUUCAUCCAAAUAGCAACCUCCCAAGGCCAUCCUGACGAAUGCUUCGAACAUCACUACAACCGCGUCACCCUCGUUCUCGGAUGCCUCAAGAGCGCCCGGCGCAUGUGGCGCAUGGCAGAAGCAGAAUACGACCGCCUUCGCUGCUGCGCUUCAGAACUCAUCGCCGACGCCAUGGAUCGGAUGAAUGCACUGCCUUUAUCGCAGACAAUACCCAACUCAUCUUCUUCAAUGCCUGCAACAUCUGACCAGGGAGGAGAUCUAACGUUGGUAUCGCCGGCGCGCGGGAACGCUGACUCGGGAUUGCCAAGAUUUGAUCCUCUCUUUCUGGAUCCUGUUUGUUAUGAUUAUUCGUUGUUCAGCGCUUUGCCCGACUUUCAUAGCUCUUAGACUGCGUUUCACUGUUUGGAAAAGUGGAAAAAGGAUACCCUGCAAGGCGAAAUUGACUCUACUCAUUUUAUUUUUGAAGCACCGAUGUGCGAUUUUUUCUCAAUAAACGGUUUCUAAAAGAACGUCUCAGAAAAUGCCUUCCGAUUGACCAUCAUGCAGCUCCCAAAUUUUCAAGGUCGUUUCAUUGGUCGCAGGGCACACCUAAUAGUGCUAAGCGCCAGAAGGCAUUUUGUCAGGCGCAUUCACAGCCUCAUCACAGCCCAUUGUAUUUUGACCUUCAAACUCUCCCGCAGGGUUCCUCUGGCCUACAAUUUCUUUUCUUAUCGCCGAAAGCUCAAUUUAACGGGCAUCAAGACACUAUCUAGCACUUUAAUACUGAUCCCUUUACCCAGUGCCUCUCGAUCCUCGUUCCAUCAUCGCCAAUAUGUCCACUAAAGACCUGUAUCAGACCCCGCUCGACACCUCAAAACCUG